AUGCAGUCAUCAGUUCUGGUUCUCAAGGACUCUUUGAAACGCGAGUCUGGAGCUAAGGUGCAUCAUGCUAAUAUUCAGGCAUCAAAGGCUGUUGCUGAUAUAAUUCGUACAACCUUGGGACCCAGGUCCAUGCUAAAGAUGCUUCUUGAUGCUUCUGGAGGAAUUGUGGUGACAAAUGAUGGAAAUGCUAUCUUACGUGAAUUGGACAUUGCUCACCCAGCUGCUAAGUCAAUGAUUGAAUUAAGUCGCACCCAAGACGAAGAAGUAGGAGAUGGAACCACAUCUGUCAUCAUCCUUGCUGGUGAGAUGCUCCAUGUUGCCGAAGCAUUCAUUGACAAAAACUACCACCCUACAGUUAUUUGCCGAGCAUAUAACAAAGCUUUGGAGGAUGCUAUUGCUGCCAUUGACAAAAUUGCAGUGCCUAUUGAUGUCCAGGACCGAGGUCAAAUGCUGGGGAUUGUCAAAAGCUGCAUAGGCACCAAAUUCACAAGUCAAUUUGGGGAUUUGAUUGCUGAUUUAGCUAUUGAUGCUACUACAACAGUGGGUGUUGAUAUUGGCCAAGGUUUAAGAGAUGUAGAUAUUAAAAAUUAUAUCAAGGUUGAGAAGGUCCCUGGCGCUGAACUUGAGGAAUCGAGGGUUCUCAAGGGAGUUAUGAUAAACAAAGAUGUGGUUUCCCCUGGCAAGAUGAGGAGAAAGAUUGUUAACCCACGUAUCAUUCUCCUUGAUUGUCCUCUAGAGUAUAAAAAGGGUGAAAAUCAAACAAAUGCUGAACUGCUUAGAGAAGAAGACUGGAGUCUGUUAUUGAAGUUGGAGGAAGAAUACAUUGCGGAGCUCUGCGCGCAGAUAUUGAAGUUCAAACCAGACUUGGUAGUAACAGAGAAGGGUCUCAGUGAUUUGGCAUGCCAUUAUCUGAGCAAGAAUGGAGUGAGUGCAAUCAGAAGACUGAGGAAAACAGAUAAUAAUCGAAUUGCCAAGGCAAGCGGUGCUGUUAUUGUGAACAGACCAGAUGAAUUGCAGGAGUCUGAUGUUGGUACUGGUGCAGGAUUAUUUGAAGUUAAGAAAAUUGGAGAUGAGUACUUUGCUUUUAUUGUUGAUUGCCAAGAACCCAAAGCUUGUACUGUAUUAUUACGAGGUCCUACUAAGGAUUUCUUAAAUGAGGUUGAAAGAAACCUACAGGAUGCUAUGUCUGUUGCUCGGAACAUAAUAAAAAAUCCAAAACUUGUUCCUGGAGGUGGUGCCACAGAGAUGACUGUGUCAGCUGCUUUGAAACAGAAGAGUUCUUCUAUUGAAGGAAUAGAGAAGUGGCCAUAUGAAGCAGCUGCCAUUGCAUUUGAAUCUAUUCCACGUACUUUGGCACAAAAUUGUGGAGUAAAUGUCAUCCGGACAAUGACUGCACUACAAGGAAAACAUGCAAAUGUAGAAAAUGCAUGGUUUGGUAUAGAUGGAAAUACUGGUGCCAUCGUUGACAUGAAAGAGCACAAGAUCUUGGAUGCCUAUAAUGUGAAGGCACAAACAUUCAAGACUGCUAUUGAAGCUGCGUGCAUGCUUUUGAGGAUUGAUGAUAUAGUGAGUGGGAUCAAGAAGACGCAAGCCCCUGGAGCAGGCCCGAAGCCUAAGAUUGAGACAGAGGGAGAUGCCGAUGGCGAGCAAAUUCUUCCUGAUUAA